GACUUUGCUCAGGCAGCUUUCAGAUUUCCUUCCGUGUGCUCUCUGCUCUUUUCGACAUGGCCGCCGCGGGACCUUUGAUUGAGGACUUGGAGUCCGAGGAAGAGCCGAAGAUCGCUCCGGUCGCACCGAGCUCCGGUGUGAAGAAGGUGGCGCUGGCGGUCGCGUUGGGGCUCGGGCUCGUGGUGGUUCUGGGGGCAGGCACGCAGAACUUCGGGGUCUUCCAGGGCAAGUCUUCCCAAGCCUGGACACGAUGUCGAAGGUCAAAGUCUGGAAAGACAGCUUGAGCGGUGACGAACUCUGCUCUGAUGACUACCCCCACAAGGAGAUCUUUGAUGGCGCCGGUUUAGAAGUGCAAGGCAAGUACAUCAAGAAAGGCGACCGCGAUGUGGUGAACCUUGUGGAUGAGUUCAACCUGAACGAGGCCGCGCUGUCCAAGAAGGACUUCAUGGCCUGGGCGAAGAAAUUCCUCGUGAAGACCCGAGAGCAGCUGGCGAAGGACCAGGCAGACCGCGUGGACGGCUUCAAGAAGGGCUCCACUAAGAUGGUGAAGUUCAUCAUGGGCAAGUUCGACGAGUGCCAGUUCUGGACUGGAAGCAGCUACGACCUGGAUGGCUCUCUCGUCGUCUCCUACGUCAAGGAUAACGGCAAAGACGUCACGUUUCUCUACUUCCUCGACGCCCUGAAAGCAGUGACCUAUUGAAGGACAUUGUCUGAGAGGCAGUCUGUAUGAGCUGAAUGUCUUGCACUCUGGUUCACCCAGUGCAGUGAUUCUAUAGAUUGCUCACACAUGUGCAAACAAACAGCCGACUUUGCUUUUAGGCUCC